AUGGCAGCCUCUUUCGUCGGACGGGGCAUGUUCCCCAAACUUUGGAUCCUCAUCUGCAAAUUAUGGGUAUACAUUGUAUCGAUAGGAUGUCUAAUUAUGCCCCUAGCUGUUUGGGUUAUGAUCUUCAUCCAGAAUACAAAGACUUUUGCAGAUACGAUGGACCAUUAUCUAGGGAAUGAACAGAGAGUCUACGAUAGGUUCGAUGGUGAUCCCAAUGCAGGAUAUGUCGGCAAUACUAACAUACCAAAACAUCUAGGUGGACCCGUCUUCGCAGCGAUAUUCGACGUGGCAAUGUGGAUUUUCAUCGUGAUCGCCAUGUGUGCGGAUCUAUUUUGGAAAUUCCCAAUAUGUAAACAAUUCCUCGAAUCAGUUUGGACAGAUGGGUUAUACGAAGAUCGUAAAUUCAUUGAUGUCGAAUUCUUCUUCCUCGUUGCGAAUGCCUUCCUGAAAUUAUUCAUCGUAGCAGCCACCGGAGCUCAGACGUACACAGGUUUGAAACCCAACCAGGACGAUCCAAAGAUUGACACACCGCUGUUCUGCCUUUACGCUACGUUAUGUUUGGCAGUUUCAAUUCCAUUCAGCCUGAUAGCUCUUUUCUAUAUCCUCCAUGGGAUGAAGAUGCGAGAAUACAAAGACGAACUGAAAGCUGCCGAAGAAGCUGCCAAAGCUAAGAAGUAG